ACUCCUCUAAAGUAAACCACGCCGUCCCCAGCAAAACAACUUGAUUCUUUCUCACCUAAUGGUGGCCAUCAAAAGUGAUGGUGUCAUAUAAUGUUGUUGUUGUUGCUGCAGAUCCAUUGAGUUCAAUAAUUUAUUGCGCACUUCUCAUUUUCUAAUGCUUCGGUUGUCUCGGAGCAUGCUUGCAGUUUCUAUAAAUCAUGGGUUGUUUCUGCCUCGUUAACCCAUCGUUGUCCUCAGUGGUGCCAUCUUCCAGCCUCAUGCUCUUUGUUUGCUUCUCCUCCUACUCCUCGUCCUUGAUUUCUUAGGCCUUAGGGGAAGCUCGGCUUUCUCUUCUGCUAUAGAUUCAGGUGCUCAAUUCAAUGAUUCACAUGGGGAGGAGGCAUCUUUAAAUGAGGUGGAGUAUUAUUGCUCUCCAUGUUUGGUUCUUGCUCCUCCUCCUCUUGGUGCUUGCGAUUGAGGGGAGAAAUUAAAAGAGAUGAUUAGAGAAAUACUGUCAUGAUUGUAAGACGUUUGGCAUAUGAACACCAAGUGAUCGACGGAAUUUGUCAGAGACUAAAUGGAUACACCUCGCAUCAGUAGUCGAUUUUCGGCUGGUUCUACCAGGCAGAGGCAUUGUCGUAGUGUAUCUGGAGUGGGAGAAGAUGUGUUAAAUUUAUCACCGCGUCUUUCAUAUCACAAUUCUGAUGCUCGGUUUGGAACAAGACUCGAUUAUGGAAAAUCUUUUAGCUUCCAAGAUGUGGCAUCAAGUAGAACGUCCACUGCAUCUACUGGUUCUGGAGUUACUUCAGUUAGCAAGUCUGCAGCCGAAUUGGCUAGAGAAAUCUCCACUCUUGAGCUGGAAGUAAUACAAUUGGAAAGGCACCUGCUUUCGCUAUAUCGAACUGCAUUUGACCAAUAUCUAUUUGGUUCCCCUAUUUCCGCGCACUACGACUGCAAACCGAAUACACAAUCCAAUGCUGGAAGUGUAGGUCAAUAUGCUGAACUUUGGAAACAAUAUGAAACAAAUAAUGCUGCCAAACUAGAAGUUCUGUUUGACAAAGACUGCCAAACUAAAUCUCUCAAGAAGAUUGAGGAAGUUCCCUUCAACUUUGGCCGUAAAGAGCAAUCUCAUGAUUCAGCGUGUUACGUCUCAGGUCACCGCAGUCUCGCAGAUCAUCUUGGUACAUCAGUUAUGGAUCAUGUGCCUGAGAUUUCUUGUAAACUUUCUGAAGAAAUCCUGAGAUGCAUUUCUGCUAUUUAUUGUAAACUUGCAAGUCCAGCAUUUCACAAUAUCGAUCUACUGGAUUCACCUACACCUUCAGUAUCAUCUUCAAGCACACUUUCUACAAGGGAUCCAGGUGAUAAUUGGAGUCCUAGAUUCCGUUGUGAAGCUACAGAAAGGAACACCAGAUAUGGGUCUUACAAAGAUAAAAAGAGUCCGUAUAGUAGUAUGAUAGAAAUUCCCCGAAUACGCAUCAACGGUGAAAGAUUUAAGUAUGCAUCCCACAAGCUGAAUAUUUUCAGGUCGCUGAUUCGGCGUCUUGAAACUAUAGACCCCAAAAAGAUGACACACGAAGAGCAGCUCGCAUUUUGGAUCAACAUCCACAAUGCACUAGUAAUGCAUGCUCUUCUAGCAUAUGGCCUUCGGGAGAAUAACAUAAAAGGCACUUACUCAAUACUCAAGGCAGCUUACAAUAUUGGUGGGCAUUCUGUAAAUGCAUUUAUCAUUCAAAGUUCUAUUCUUGGAUGUCAACUCCAUCGACCAUCUUUGUACUUAUCGAAAAUUUUCUCUGCAAAGCUACCAUCAGCGAAAGACAAACACCCAUAUGCACUCGACCGAGUGGAGCCACUUGUUCACUUUGCGAUUUGUUCCGGGUCAUCCUCAGACCCUGCUCUUCGCGCAUAUAGUGCCAAGGCGAUACACCAAGAUCUAGAGAUCGCGAGAGCUGAAUUCAUUCAAGCGAACGUUAGUGUCAUGAAAGAGACUAAGAUCAUGCUGCCGAAGAUCUUGCAUUACUACGCGAAAGAUGCAUGUAUAGAGCUCCUAGACCUUCUCAAGAUGAUCUGCAGGCAUGUUUCUGAUCCUAACAGGAAGGCCAUCCAAGCAUGCUGCAGAAGGAAGCCUGACAAGUUCGUCGAGUGGUCGUCAUUCAAGUCGUCAUUCAGAUACAUUGUGCAUACGGAUUUAGCUAAAUACUAAGAGUUGAAAAGGCAAGCAAGCUGUGUAGUAGUGUUUCGAUCAUAGAAGAAAUUCAAAUAAUGUAUUUGUGCAUGUGGUGUUCUUGUAAGUUUUUCCCUCCAUAAACUGCUGCAAAGUUGUGUGAGAAAGUCGAUUGUUUCAAAGUCAGUUUUUUUA